AUGCUUGUUCCAGCUUCACAGGAUGAUAACCUUUGCCUGAUCUACGUGAUUCUUUGCAUGAUGUGUUCGGGUAAAUUAUUCCAGCUUCUCACAUUCUACGUUGACUCCGUGUAUCCCGGACCGUUUGGUGUGUCCAAACCGUGGUACUUUCCGUUUGUAUACCUAUGUCGCCGUAAGCCCAGUGCCCCGGUUGUGUUGGCCAGUGAGGAAGCGGAUGAUACGGCUCUCCUGUUAGGCGAAUCGGGUCGCAGUGUUCGUCGUCCACGUGCAACGACGAAAAGUAUGGAAGAAUGUGAAGUGCUCUGUUCCCGUGUCGCAAUCAUGGUGAAUGGUCGACUCAAAUGUUUGGGCACAUGUCAGCAUUUGAAAGAUCGUUUCGGUCGUGGUUAUAGUCUGGUGAUUCAGGUUGCCGCUCAGCGUACACCUCCUGAAUCCGCACGAGGUUCUCCGGUCCGAUUUGGCGGUUCGACAGACUCCGAUAGUUUGGAUGCGGACACACAUGAUGCUGCCGAUUUGACCGGUCAAAUUGCUUUGAAUGACGUGGUGAACCAGGGACUGUUGCAAUAUCAUUUUCCUCUCCCGGUUCGUGGAAGUCUUGAUUUGGGACGCAUCUUCAGUCUGAUCGAAGCGAACAAAGCUCGUUUGAAUGUGAUCAAUUAUAGUUUGAGUCAAACUACGUUGGAGCAGAUUUUCAUUGAUCUGGCUAAACUGCAACAGACCGCUUCAGAUUCUGUCCUUUCAUCGACUUGGCGUUGUCUCCCCGGUUUCCCGAUAUUCACCAAUUGUUGCUCUUGUCCUUCACGGUCCACUGCUUCCCGUCAGGACAGAGAACAAUUAACCGUUCCAGUCUAA